AUGGGUCAAUCUCAACACCCUAUUCCCUCGAACCCUCCUCCUUCCAUCCUGGGCCAACUUCCCCAGGCAUUUCCUUCGAACAGAAAGAGCAGUCCAUUCGACGUCUUGAACGAUGUGAAUGCCUCUCAGAAGGUGUCCGAUGAGCACACUCCCCCAGUUGACAACUGGGCCCGAAGUGCUAUCCAUGGUAAAACUCCCCCGGUCGAACCCAUUCCAGGCCUAAAUACGGGUGGUUCCCCCCCUUAUGAGCCAGGCUUCAGUAGCCGAGGCGUCUUCAAUAGCAGAAGCCCUCCCAUUUCUCCUCCGUUGCGGAAGGCUCGUCCAGUUAGCUACAGCAGUGCCAUUCCUCCGCUUCCGACUCACUCAAGAAUUUCGACCUCACCCUAUGGCUACGGCAUGACCGCCUAUGGAUCCCCCCCUGCACCGCCUCAUCUGCCUCAACACCACUUUUACGGCCCUCACGAUGUUGACUUGGGUCUGCAUCCUCCCCAUACACCUCUACCGGAACCUGUCCCUUUAAAGUUCACUCGCCUCCCAGGAUCAGGACAAGAGGCUCGGGAGGCUGCCUUUCUGGCUAUAGACGGUGAAUUGCACAUCGUCAGCUACAAUGGUGAGAAGGUGGAACAUGUAGGAGCGCUCAGUGGUGUGCAAGGUACCAUACUUGAUGCCGUACUACUCACAUGGAAUACCGGUGAAACCCCCUUUGCGGACUACAGACCUCUGUUGGCGCUCACGAUCUUUGGGCCGGGAGAGCCUUCUCCUGCACAAGAUGGCCGAACCUUUCCAGGGAGUCAUCAUAAAGUUUUCGAGACGAAGGUGGUGAUAUUCUCUCUGAGCAAGGGUUGCCAGGUCGCCGAGCUGCUGAGAGUGCAAACACUCAUGGAGAGCUUCCCAGGGGUAGGGGCCCCUUCAAGCGUCAAUCAUGCGGCAAACCUCAAAGUCCAUUCGAGCGGCAACUUUCUUGUUGUGGCAUCCGGUGACAGCGGAGAAAUCUUUGUCUUUUCCAUCCGACAAGGCAAGGAUUCCGCGGUAUUUGAAUGCCUAGGCAAGUACUGGACUACGAUACAACCUCAGCUUCACAGGAGGGACUCCUCCUCUCAUGGACCAGGAUCAGAUGCGGAUGUUUCACCCGCCGAUCUUGGUCGUAGCCCGGAUAGCCAGAACCUUCCGAUUUUUAGCCUCAACGGACGAUGGCUCGCCUUUUGCCCUGCAAGCACACCGUCUCGGAGAUCUAUUGGGGCUGUCUUGGGCGAUUUUGUGGUUCAUACUAAAAACUCCAACAUCACAGCUGGAACGGCUCCUUCACGGCCUUUGCCCAACUGCGACGUUGAGUCUCCCGAUGUCGACACAUUCUUCAGCAAAGUGGCGAAAGGAUUCGCCCAGGAGGCGGUAAGGGGUGCGAAAUGGAUCAGCGAAAAAGGCAUGCAGACCUGGCAAAGCUAUUGGAAACGAGAUACAGCCAGCACUAACGUGCCAGCUGCUCCGUCCUCCAGUCCUCCAGUGUACUCUCCUCAGCUCGCUCUGGCACAAUUUCCGCCUACUCACGCCAUUGACCAGCAAGGCAUAUCUAAGGAUCCAGAUCUUGUAACGGUAAUUGACUUGAGGCUGCUUCAAGACAAUCAAAACCGGAAAGUCACCUCCGAGCCUAGCCCAAUGAUCACCUUCCAACCACCGGGAGGGUGUAGCUUUCUGUCGUUCAUGCCAACCGGUCUCGGCAUUCUAACAGCCAAUCGGAAAGGCGAUGUGCAGUACAUCUGGGAUCUGAUGCAGAUGAAACACGUCAAAGUUUCGACAACUUCAAACUCGGCUGAAAGCGUUCGUGUGCGGCAAAUUGCUCGCUACGAACGUCUAAGUCCUUCCUCAAUCGUGGAUGUUGCCUGGGAUGGUCCAACUGGCUGCAGGUUCGCCAUCCUGACGAAGAAUCGAACAAUUCACAUUUUUGACCUGCCAAAAGCUGCCUUUCAAUGGCCGCCACCUCCUACCAAGAAAAUUCGACCGACUUCUGCCCCGGUUGAUCCUUCUCAAGUAAAUGCAGACCACGAUCCUGCCCCUCCCGGAGGAUUCUUGGCCUCUGCUAUGAGCAUUGCCGGGAGAACACAGCCGAUGCUUGCAAGCUUGCGGGGCAGGGCGCCAAGUAUCAGCAGCGGGAUGACUGGGAUGGCCCCGUCAGGGAUCGGGUUUGCCUCUACGACCAGCAUCAAAAGUGGUAGCAGGGCAGUAGCGGCUGGGCUUAGCAAGUCCCUAGGUGCUGCCACUGAGACUGUUACCAGCAUACGACAUGCCAAUCAGAGCAGGCUUCAUUUGAAGAUUCCUGCCCGAGUCGGGAUAUUCUGUUGGCUGAGGCGUGAUGGGAAAUCAGUAUUAUCUAUUCUGGACGAAAGCAACAUCAAGAACUACUACGUUCGAAUGACGAAGCCCAGGGAGAAUCGUCAGAUGGACACGGUAUCGGUAUUUGAUGCACGAAGAGCUGUCGCAGUCAAGCUCCCUAAGGCUGCAGAACUAGUUGCUGAUCUUCCCUCCAAGAACUUACCAGAUGAAGCACAGGAAGACAGUAGUGAGAGCUUUGCACUACUCAGCUUCUGGAAAGUCCGACUUACCAGAGAAGGAGGCUUAAGAACGCCACAUCCGCUCGCUUCAGCCGAAAUCGAAACCAACGCGCCGUAUCAGCCAUUCCACUCUGACCGCAGAGUCACCAUCUCUCUAUUUCCAGACGAGGUAACGCUAGUGGAAACCCAGCUUGGAGGCACCCCGGUUGCGAAGUCUGGCCGGGCUACUGUCUCGGAGACUCGUAGUUCACUAUCCCAGCAAAAAUGGGUUUUCGGUGAUGAAGUUCUCUCUUAUGCACAGAAUAUCGCCAGCCAACAAGUUGUAGACGAGGGCUCCGUCAUCUAUCGAGAAACGACAGUUUUCUCUGGAAGCGCAUCAGUGGCCACAGGCCCUACCGGAAUGUUUGUUGAAGACGAAACUCCCCAAGCCGUCAGUAACACAAAGAAGAAGAAGGCCAAGAAAAGAAUGCAGGUCCGAUUACUUGAAAAUGAUAAUGCAAGCGAAAGUAUGAUGGACUUUGCGGCAAGGGAUGUCCCUUUUGAGCCGGACGAAGACUUACUGGGAGGCGAGAGCCCCCCUUGA